CAGCGCCGAUGGGCCUGGGCGCCAUCCUAGCGGCUGCUCUCGCAAGUCCAACCCAACAGGGGAGGGCCGGAGGGGGUUGGGUCCGCGAUCCCCAUUCCCUUGGCCACGCCGGAGAAGCAGCUAACCCCGCCCCCGCCGCUCCGCGUCUGCAAUUCACCCACGACCUUCCCGAUUUCUCUUCAGGAAGGAGGCAUUCCUGAGCUGGAUCAGUUUGUCCGGGGCAGGGUGGAGGAGUUAGUGGGGACUGGGGAGAACACGAGGCGAUGAAGAGCUGCGGAGGAGAGAGGGAGCAGCCCGGCGGCGUGGCGGGGGCGGCAGCGGACAUUGAGGUGGGUGCGCUCGUGUGGGUGGUGCGCCGCAACGGGUCCUGGUGGCCGGGACGGAUCCUCGGCAUGGACGAGCUGCCCGAGGACUGCUCCAUCCCGCCGCGCCACACCGUCACGCCCAUCAAGCUCCUGGGUCGCCCCGACGGCAGCAUUGACUGGUAUAGUCUUGAGAAGUCUAAGCGUGUGAAGCCAUUUCGGUGUGGAGAAUUUGACGAGUGCAUAGAAAAUGCCAAGGUUCAAGCUCACGUGCAAAACAUGUCCCAAAAUGAAGGGAAGUGUGCUUGCAGAGAGUAUGCCAUUAUGCAUGCCCUUGAAAUAGAAAAGUCCCGUUUUCCACCUGAAGGACAUUUGAAUACUUAUGGGUCUUGUGAAUCCAUAAACAAUCAGGUCUCAAAACCUAUCAAUCAAACUACUGAAUGUAGCAAAGCGGGCACGUUUUCUUUACAAGAUCAUAGAAGGUCCAAGAUGAAAAUCAUUAGCUUUAUCGCCCCUAUAUCUAAAGGAAGCCCCAAGAGCGAUGAUAAUUUGUUGCCGCUGGAGCAUGAAGCUACAAUGAAAUGCCACGCACCAGACAGUGACGUGGUUGAGUUGGAGGCAAGGGUGGAAGGUGCUGUCUGUGAGCCCACUGACCUUGAGAAUAAUAUACAAGUUUAUGAUGUCGAGGUGACUGUUCUUGGAAACUACACGGGCCUUGGUUUGCCCCUUGCUUCCCUGACAAGUAAAUCGAUGGGUAAUCCCAUUAAAGGCUACCCUGUCAGUGUGGAGGUUUCGGAGGAUUAUUGUUCUGCAGCAAGUAUUGAUGAUCACCUCCCGGCAAUUGGAAAUCUUGAAUGCCUACUGAAGAGUAGAGUUUCGUUACCACAGAAAAAAAGAUCAACACGAUCAAAGCCUGGUGAUCAUAAGAAGGUCAACGAGCAUGAUUUAGGUAAAUCCAGCUGGCCACAUGCCAAGAAACCAGCUCCAGAUGCUUCACCCAGGAAAAUCCAGAGGCUCUCAUCUUCUUUGAGUAAUCGGAAUGAUCAUCGGAUGAUGCAGCAUGGGCCCUUGGUAGGCUUGAUGAGCCCCUACUAUGGCUGGAAGCUCCAUCAGGAAGAAGAGAUUGAGGAGGAAGAGGAGGAUGAAGAGGAAGUGGUGCCCCUACAUUCCGCCACAGUGCAUGCAAGAGAGAACUCAAAACCGAAUCCUGUAGUUGAGAAAGGCUCCCUGCUACGGACUCACUCACCGCCGGGAGCAAACUGCAAGAGAAAGGCUCCCUGCCGCCUACAUGCUCACCCCUGGGUGCUGCCAGCAGCACAAGGGAGUAUCAUCUGAGACCGAUGACCAUCUUUUCUGGUUCUGGUUCCUGCGGCCCACCUUUGUCCCUGUCGGCGACUGCCACCGGGAGCCGCAAUGGCUGCCCUUCUCUGUACUUGUGUUCUUCCUCCUCUCUCUGUGCUCCUGUUCGUUUGGUUUAGUUCUGUUGUGAAGAAAAGCUGGGGAUAUUAUCCUACUAAGAUACGCAGUUCUCAGGGGCGGAACUCAGUGAAGUUCAAUGGGGGCCAUGGCCCCCGUCAACGGCAAACUCCACUACAUGAAUAGUAAACCAGCUACUGGUCAAUCUUUUCCUAGGAAUUGACAAUUAAGUGGUCAAAAAUUUUCCCGACAGAAUAUUGAAUAUCAGCAA